GAAGCUCGAGUCCACACCUUCUGCUUUGAGAUCUGUCAUAUGACUUCCAUUUCCUGGUACUGUCGGCGUCAUCCCAAACACCGCUGACUGAGCGUCCCUGUCGUUUUCUUCAGCUUUUCUCCGGUGGACACUUUAAAAUCCUGGGCGAUCAUGUAUCGAUAUGCUACAUUUGUUUUAUUCCUCACCCUUGGAAUUGCGUUCCAGGUGUCGCAUGGCACUGAAGUGAAUGUCACAGACAAAGACAACCAGUUAUGCCUCUUUGCCAAUCUCAUGGUCAACUUCUCAGUUUCUUAUGAAGUAGCUGAAAAUAAGAGCACAACAGUCGAGUUUGAACUUCCUGCUAAAGUCACAACAGAGGAAAGUACAUGUGAUGCCACAAGCUCAACGUUGAAGCUUAAUUUUGGAGAAGGUCAUUCCUGGAGUGUGAACUUCACCAACAAUGGAAAAAUGUACCAGGCAGACACCAUCAUCUUUUCCUACAACCUCAGUGACAUAAACGUCUUCCCUCAUUCUGUAUUAAAUGAAACCAAAACUGUUGUCGUGAAGCCUCACAUAACAGAUAUAGGCGUGAACACCUGCUACUCAUGCAAGAGUAAAGACGUGAUUGAAGCUGAUGUGGUCAAUCAGACGCUGUGGAACGUGCUCAUACAAGCUUUUGUCAGUAACAACAGCAUAAGUGAAAACGUUACUUCUUGUGCUGCUGAUACACCCACAACUCCUGCUGCCCCCACCACUCCUACCACCAGUACUACCACUGCAGCUCCGGUCACAAACUCCACUUCCACUGCCCCUCCUCCCACAACCACCCCGACCCCUACUCUCCCCACACCCAACACUGGGAAGUACAGCAUCAAGCGUGAUGAAAACAGCACAGCCUGUCUGAUAGCCAACAUUGGCCUUCGGAUUGGUUUCAAGCAAGAAGAGAUGAACAUUGAUCCUAACGGGACCAAAGUCUCUGGAUCAUGUGGAGUCAACAGCAGUGAGCUAAUACUGACGUCCAACAUAAUAACCAUCGUGCUCACUUUCACCAAUGACACAAAGAAAUUCCGCCUGCAUGCUCUGAACGUCACCGGAAAGACAAGCUCUGGUGUGUUGUUUUCUGAAGCAAACAGCAACUUGAGUCUGUGGGAGGCAGCUGUCGGCACCUCUUACAUGUGUAACAAGGAGCAGAACUACACCAUCACCAGCCCACUCACCCUCUACACCUUCGACCUUCAAGUACAGCCAUUUGGAGUCAAGAAUGGUGCUUUCAGCACAGCUGAGGAAUGCUUCCUGGACUCUGAUUUGAGCUUUUUGGUGCCCAUUGCAGUGGGCGUGGCUCUCAGCUUCCUAAUCAUCCUUGUGCUUAUCUCUUACCUGAUUGGCCGGAGGAAGAGUCGUACUGGCUACCAGUCUGUAUAAUCCAACCCAGCUGCUUCUGCCUCUUGCACCCUUUCAACCCUCGCAGCUCUUAAAAACACUCCCUGCCCGUGAGUGCAUCGAAAGCAUCCCAAAUUUCCCGCUCGUUUCUGUUUGCCUAAAAAUAACCUUUGGCUUAUUUCUCGUACAAAGUUUAAAAAUUGAUCCCAGCAACCACCCCCAAAGGUUUUCAUUGUUUUUGCUUUGAUGCCAAUGACUGAACCAAGUACCAAAACAUUUACGAUCAUUAUUGCAUUGUUUGAUUGUAGAUUGCAUGUUUUGAAUAAAUUAAAUUUAUGGCUGUGAUUAGCCGUCCACCUCCUCCCCCAGAGAGACCUUGCUCCUGCCGCCACAGAGAGACUUUUCCCCCCCUCUCGGUUUCCGUGCUGUAUAAUAGCGUAUGUGUAAAUUACUCUCUUGUAUAGAAUGAAUGACAUUCAUUUUUGAUGACGUGAAUGUAAAGAGCAAGCUCCACUGUUGUCAUUCACAUCCCAAACGCCAAUGUUUUCCCAUCCUUUUAACCUUUUAUGUAACAUAAAUGAACACCUAAAUGAAACACUACCUGCUGCACGUAGUCAUUUGAUGAAAGGGACACUAACUAAGACACUUUACCAGAAUUGGGACCAGUUUAUUUUUGUUUUUUGGGAGAUGUGUAAUGUUUUAAGUUUCUGUCACUCGUGUUAGGAUGAUUUCUUUUCUUUUAAUGUACACUUCUUCAAGAUUUACAGUUGAGCAUUUGGGGAAUUCAUUAUAGUGUUCUUCCGUCAUAAUCCUAUAUUAAUUCAAAAGGUUAACAAACGACUAUUUUGGUGACCUGGUUUAAAUUUUAACCUACAUUGGUCACAGGGAUUAAACUACGUUGGAUGUACAUUAUGUUCCCUCCAUGAGAUAGUACAGUAACAUUAACAGCAUGCGCAGUAAGAAGACCAUGAGUAAUAUUAAAGUCACACAAUUUCAUUUAUACAACCCUCAGUUUCGAUCACUCCCCUCCGACAGUUUCGUGCCUUUCUGUUGUGCACCUCUGAGUUGCUAAAUUGAAGCUUGUCUCCAUCUGAUGAAGAAUGUGAUAUGAUGAGCUUGUUUAACACAAGUGGGGAACAAAUUAAAUAAAGUUUAGUUCUUGUUAUGUA